AUGGAGUUAUUAAUGGGUUCGGUUCAAAAUCAGACCGAGUCAGGUGGUUCAUCUUCAACCGAGUCAUCUUCACUCAGUGGUGGACUCAGGUUUGGUCAAAAGAUCUACUUCGAAGAUGGAUCCGGAUCCGGUUCCGGGUCAAGCAAGAACCGUGCGGGUCGUAAGUGUUCUACUUCGAGGUGCCAAGUGGAAGGUUGUAGAAUGGAUCUAAGCAAUGCAAAAGCUUAUUACUCGAGACACAAAGUUUGUUGCAUUCACUCUAAAUCAUCUAAAGUCAUUGUCUCUGGUCUUCAUCAAAGGUUUCACCAGCUUUCUGAGUUUGACUUGGAGAAAAGAAGUUGUCGUAGACGACUCGCUUGCCAUAACGAACGACGAAGAAAGCCACAAGCCACAACGAGUCUUUUGGCUUCUCGUUACGCUAGAAUUGCUCCAUCUCUUUACGGAAACGCGAAUUCUGCAAUGAUUCGAAGCGUUUUGGGAGAUCCUACGGCCUGGUCAACCGCAAGAUGGUCUGGACCGGAAAGGGAAAGCAAUCAAGUCAUGAAUGUUUUCUCAUCAAAUGGAAGUUCAAGCUUUACUACAACAUGUCCAGAGAUGAUGAACAAUCAUAGCACAGACUCGAGCUGUGCUCUCUCUCUUCUGUCAAACACAAACCCAAAUCAGCAACAGCAGCUGCAGCAACAACAAUUUCAGACACCAACCAAUGUAUGGCGACCAACUUCAGGUUUCGACUCAAUGGUCGCCCAUAGGGUUACAAUGGCUCAGCCACCGCCUGUUUCAAUCCAUAAUCAUUCCCUGAACCAAACCUGGGAGUUCAUGGCUGGUGAAAAGAGCAAUUUGCAGUAUAUGCCACCUGUUUUGGCACCGAGUCAAAUCUCUGAGCCAGCUGAUUUCCAGAUUAGUAAUGGCUCGACUAUGAGUGGAUUCGAGCUGUCUCAUCAUCAGCAGGUUCUAAGGCAAUACAUGGAACCUGAUAACACAAGAGCUUAUAACUCUUCACCUCAACAUUUUAAUUGGUCUCUUUGA